AUCAGAGUAGAAAAAUGCAAUGUGUCUCAGACUUUUUUUCAAGUGAUAAAGUGAUUGUAAAAUUCUGGAAGGAAACAAAUAGUCAAAAGUAAUCCUAGGCAGAAUAUAACAAUAAAAAACAAAACAUUAUUUUCUUAAAAAUAAGAGCUACCCAAUUCUGCAAUAAUAAUAACAUUUGACAAUCUUUUAAUAAAAGCAUAAGAAAAUUCCUAAUUGUGUUGGACAGGUUGUUAAAUGCAUUUUACAUAAUUGUAGACUUAUUAACUAUUGAGACCUACUAGAAGUCAUGAAAAACUACACUUUCCAAACAAGUACGGUUAUGAAAGCUGCCAUCUUUUUUGACAAAUAAUUCCAUCAAUCGCCUUUACCCUGAAUAAAAAGUGCAAACGCAGAGAAGAGUAUAUAGCUGCAGAACGAAGAUUCACACAGGAUAGCUCCAACAGGGUAGUGCUGCGUGCGCAACUCGUAAUUUACGCUGUGCUUCAUUCACUCUCAAUCCUCAACGUGACGAUAAUACCCCACGAAGCUUAGGUUUAGUGUUCAGUUAUUGUUGUGUGUCUAAAGUUACGGGCAAUAUCCCACGAACCUUGGGUUUAGGUUUACGGUAUUGUUGUGUGUAUUUAAAGUUAAGUUCAAUACUCCACGAACCUUACGAGUUGCGCACGCAGCACUUGUGAGCUACGCUGUGGGAGCCUUCGUUCUGCAGCAAUACCCCUCUCAACUCAGUGAUGUAUCUUGCCGCUGUCACUGUUUUAUUAUUCGUGGGGAACUGUCGUUUGCGCAGGCUUCAAAGUGGGGCAUAGUGAUUAGUUCCAAGUGACAUGUUCUUGUUCCAAACCUUUAAAUAUAUCAUUAUUUAUGUAGAUUAUAUGUUUAAUAUAUACUUUUUUAAUGAGCCAGAAUAAUUAAGCUUUUAUUCCAGUUAAAACAAACACGGCAACGUCGUAAAUUACCAUAUCAAACCAUUGCCGUAUGUUUUUUCAAUUCAAAUGUGUGCCCUGAACCAUUGGAACUAUACUAACCACGUAAAGCAGAGCGAGUUUCCACUCGGGUCUUUCAAAGCAACCGGACUGCCUAGGGCAUUUCAAAGAAUAACAUUACGUUAAUUGGCAAGUAUCAGAUUAGAAAGAUCUUGUGAACAGCAGGAGCUUGGUGUGUAUAGUGCUGUGGCCAUGUCUGCAGUGGAAGUGAGGUGUUUUGUAAUGCACAGAUUGGGUUCGGGAACAACAUUUCGAUGGGUUGUUCGGGUUUUUGAACGACAUGCCCCGGCUGUGUUAUCUGUGCAGCCGCUGUCGUGUUUGCGUUCUGGGACUCUAGUUCAGAGCAUUGCAAAGCAGCAGCAGCAGCUGCAUUCACGUUAUCUUAUCGCGAGUCUGACCUGCAAGAGACAUUUCUGGCAAGGUAGGGCCAACAUGUGUACGACAUCGCAUACAACGCUGGACCCAGAUGAAACGAAGAAAUUCCAGUCUCUCGCAAAGAGAUGGUGGGAUGAACAGGGAGAAUUUGCAGCUCUUCAUUCUAUGAAUGAUCUCAGAGUUCCAUUUAUCAGAGACAAUCUGUUGAAUAGAAAUGGCCGUCGAAAACCAGGAAGCCCUUUAUCUGGUUAUAAAAUAUUAGAUGUCGGCUGUGGUGGAGGCCUAUUAAGUGAGCCUUUAGGGAGGCUCGGAGCUUUGGUUACUGGAAUUGACCCAUUAAAAGACAGUAUUAGAACUGCCGAGGUGCACAAAUCAUUCGACCCCGUUCUGAACAAGCAGAUCCAUUACAGCAGCUGCCUAUUGGAGGACAUCACGGAAGAAGCUGCAGAGACCUUUGAUGCUGUUGUAGCAUCGGAAGUGGUUGAACAUGUGAAUGACCUUGAGACUUUCAUCAACAGCUGCUAUGAGGUGUUGAAGCCUGGAGCAUCGUUGUUUAUUACUACUAUAAACAAAACCAACCUGUCCUAUUCAUUAGCCAUUGUUGCUGCUGAAAACAUCCUGAAGAUAGUACCCAGAGGUACUCAUGACUGGGACAAGUUUAUAAAUCCUGUGGACCUGGAAAGAAUUCUAGAGUCAAAGGCGCACUGGAACACUGAAAAAAGCUGCCCUGAAGAUGUGUUGUCAGGGAAAUCAGCCUGAGAGUAGAAGAAAUACUGCUAUCUGUUUUGAUUCCUUCAAAAAGUAUUUUGGUGAUGAAAGACAUCUGUAAACCAGCCAGCUGGCAAUAAAUGCUUUAAUGAGAAUAUGUACUAAUAGAUGGAAGGUUCUUAAUAUCCAAGAUUUUUUUUUUUAUUAAAGGAUUAAAAAGACUUUCUGCCAUUGUUUUGUGGAGUAGAUGACCUGGUGAUGUCCUAGGGCUGUGAUUUUAAUUUGAAAGAGGCCAGCUCAUUGCAACAGGAUAAAAUUGGCUUGUGUAGCCUUAACAGAGCCCCAAGCGCGUUCUCGGGAGUUAAUUCUAACAUUAUAAAUGUGUUCUUGUAGACGUUGCAUAGCAAGAAAUUGUACAUGUCCUUUUUAACCUUUACUUCAUUUUCCUGGCUGACGCUGCAGGUGUGCUGUAGUUGGUGUUGUCUGAACCUUGAUUGUUUUGAACCUGACCACCUUUUUCAGUGAUUCCCAGUCUCCCUUUGGGAGUUCUGCGUUACCAAAAUAUGAAGUCAGUUUUGUGUCUUAGUCCAUGAACUAAGUCGUGAAAAGCCUUUAGUUUUUUCAGUUUUGCUGCAGUUUCUGGGGUGGUUCCAUGAAUUGAUGUUAACAGAUUUAUUUUUAUUUUUAUUUGUUUUAACCUUGUACAAUGCUUGUAAGACUGUUGCCUCACCAGACACUGCAGCAAAGGUCUAAAAUGUUUGGGAUUCCCCAUGGACUGUCUGGGAUACAAAGUAGUAUUAGACAUGGAACCCUAAUAGACAUGACAGCUUUUAAAUUAUUAUUUAGCAAACAAGUAAUACUAAAACUCUUGUCAUUUUCAUGCUAUAGCUACAGGCCACACACACAGCCUGGUCACUUUUUAUUAGGACCGGUACGCAGUGUCCAGUUGAGCCACAGUUUGACCUGCUCACAACCCUGGCAACGUGGCAUAGAGAUGCUGCCCUUGCUGCUGUGGCACCUGUUCAAUGUGCACCCACUAUCCUGCUUCUUUCAAAAUGCUGUUGGAUAUUACUCUUUCAGCAUUUCUGGUACGCUGUUUACAGUUUUGUUGCAAGGAUCACUAUCGCUUCACGUUAUUUGCAUCUUUAAAUCAGCGUGAUGCCUAAUCCAGUUGGGAGAACCACUCCUAAUACAACGGACAGGAAGUGCUGUCCUCAUACACUCAAAGCACCCUGCAGUUAUUGCUUAAUUAAACAUAUCUAGAUCUUCCUUUUUUUUUUUUUUUUUAAAGUUUGAGAGUUUAAAAAUGGUUUAAUGAAAUUACCGGAAUGCUGGUACAUUUAGUUUAGGCCUUUUAAUUGUUCAUAGUUUCUCAUGGGCAGGGUUGCUGGAACUAGGGGUGCAGGGGUUGCGGCAGGGUCCCCUGGCUUUACAUGGCUUCCAUCAUAUACAGGGAUUACAGUUUUGUUCAAUGGCUUUCAGCACCCCCACUAUAAAAAUUGUUCCAGCGCCUCUGAUCACGGAUUGAAAUAUUGAUUAAUUUGUUUAGGCUCCCAUGGUGGAAAGUUAUUACCUUAAAUUACAAAGACAACUACCAGUACUGUAAUGGAAUCCUGCCUUUCUGCUUGCAGUGCCUUAUGUGUUUUCUUUAUUCUUGUUUUCCAUUAUGCUCAGACGGCUUCUAUGUUGAAUCAAUUAAUGGGAUGUGUUACAACCCAUUCUCUGGCUCCUGGAGUUGGACUGAAAGCACAGCCAUAAACUAUGC